UCGAUGACGUCACAACUUGACGUCGUGUUGCUUUUGAGCGGAGAAAUAAUAUAUUUAUAAAUUGACGUAAGGGCGCUAAAUCUAAAAUAACCCGUGAAUAAAAUGUGAAAAAAAUUCAUGAAAACAUUUUUUUUUUUUAGCGGGGUUGUUGGUGGCGGUGAAGCAGCUGCACGCAUGAAAGGUUCGAAAAAAAAAACAAAAAAAACAAUUUGACCUUAAAACAGAAUAAAGUCGUAACGCGGCGUCAGGAAGCGUUUCAUGGAAAACACAGGGAACUAGCUGCUAGCGCUGCCGGGGAGCUAGUUAGCAUUAGCAUGGGGCUAGUAGCUGCUCGCCGUGUGACUCCGCUAACUCGGCUUCUCGUUACAAAAUGUACCUCAGCGCUGUGUGCGGUGUAGCGACGUGUGGUUUAGGCUUUAACACGAACGAGUUCAACAGGACAGUGAAGGAGUAACUCCGCUAACGCCAGGUAGACAGCCUUGUAGGAGCAUGGCGCCCCGCUUACAGCUGGAGAAAGCGGCGUGGCGUUGGGUGGAAUCAGUGAAACCAGAAGAAAUCCGAUGGGAACACAUCGAGUUAGCAUACCGAGUGAACCUCCCGGCCUGCAAGAGAGGAGCCUGCAGAAGGAACUGCAAAGGGAAUCCCAGCUGUCUCGUGGGUAUCGGUGAACAGGCAUGGCUCGGGGAGAUCGACGAAAAUGCGUUCCACAACAUCGAUGACCCGAAUUCAGAGCGUCGAGACAUGAACACAUUCGUUGGCCUGACCAACCUGGGUGCUACAUGUUACGUUAACACAUUCCUGCAAGUGUGGUUCCACAACCUGGAGCUGCGUAGGAGCCUCUAUCAGUGCCACAACUCCAGAGCCCAGGAACACAACUCUGAAUCAGAUUACGAGCCUCAGUCCAUCAGUGAGCACCUGCAGUAUCUGUUUGCACUCCUGCAGAAUAGCAACAGAAAGUACAUCGACCCUUCAGGGCUGGUCAAAGCGCUGGGCCUGGACACGGGACAGCAGCAGGAUGCCCAGGAGUUUUCAAAGCUCUUCAUGUCUCUGCUGGAGGACACGCUGUCCAAGCAGAAGAGCCCCAGCCUGCAGAACGUCAUCCAGCAGCAGUUCUGUGGACAGUUCUCCUAUGUCACUGUCUGUAACCAGUGUGGACGAUCAUCUGCGUUGCUCUCCCGAUUCUACGAGCUGGAGCUGAACAUCCAGGGCCACAAGAACCUCAAUGAGUGUGUCACAGAGUUCCUGAAGGAGGAGAAGCUGGAAGGAGAGAACCGAUACUUCUGUGAGAACUGUCAGAGUAAACAAAACGCCACCCGGAGGAUCAGACUGCACAACCUCCCUCCAACAAUCAACCUGCAGCUCAUGCGCUUCGUCUUCGACAGACAAACGGGCCACAAGAAGAAGCUCAACACCUUUAUCAGUUUCCCUGAGCAGCUGGACAUGGGGCCUUUCAUGGAAGGACUACAAGGCCAGAACUUUGUUUACGAGCUGAGUGCGGUGCUGAUCCAUCGGGGCAUCAGUGCCUACUCAGGCCACUAUAUCGCACAUGUGAAGGACGCACGCACCGGCGACUGGUACAAAUUUAACGAUGAGGAAAUCGAGAAGAUGGAAGGCAAGAAGCUUCAGCUUGGAAUUGAGGAGGACAUUGCUGAGACAGUAAAAUCCCAAACACGAAAGCCAAAGUGCAGUAAAGGCUACCACUGCUCCAGAAAUGCCUACAUGCUGGUGUAUAAGAUCCAAGAAGAGGAGAGCUCAGAAACCCCAAGGACCAACGUCGAGGUGCCAACCUUC